GUCCUGUCACCGGGCGCUCUGCAUCAAAAUGGCCGCUGAUGGGAGGCUGUUCGUGAGCUUUUGUUUUCUUCUUGUUUUGCCUUUGGUAAUAGCGGAAACAAAAAUUCAAGAUGCCGAUAGAGCUAGUGAGAAGGCGGCUGCCGAGAAAGAAAAGAAAUACAGCGCGAUCGACACGGCGUUUCUGCUAGUUAUGAUGUUUUUGUUGAUUAUUACGGUCCUGACUGUGUGGUUGUUUAAAGUCAAACGCUUCCGUUUUCUACACGAAACAGGUGUCUGCAUGAUAUAUGGUAUGAUAAUUGGUUUUCUCAUAAAAUAUAUUGGUGGAGAAAACCGGCUUUCUAUCUCUAAACCCAACUGCACCAUCACCAGUGCUACUAAGAAGUUAUAUAUUAGUGUCAUGAAUGGACACAACUACUCAUAUUCGUUCACUGGAGAAGUGCUGAAAGCUAACGAUGAUCAGGAAAGUGAACUGGAACAGAAGGCUGUGUUUGACCCUGAGAUAUUUUUCUAUGUUCUUUUACCUCCAAUUAUCUUCUAUGCUGGAUAUGACAUGAAAAAGCGAUUUUUCUUCAGGAACAUUGGUGCCAUUCUAACAUAUGCAUUUGUUGGAACCACUGUGUCUUGUAUGGUGUUUGGGGCAACAAUGUAUGCCUACACCAAGUUUGCUCCAACAGACAAGGAUUUUAAUUUUCUGGAAUGCCUGUUAUUUGGAGCUUUAAUAUCAGCAACAGACCCAGUCACAGUGCUGGCUAUUUUCCAUGAUCUGCAUGUGGAUGUUGAUCUGUAUGCCCUGGUGUUUGGUGAAAGUGUAAUGAAUGAUGCUGUUGCUAUUGUUCUGUUUAGGUCGGUGGAGACAUACCUCCUUGAUAACACAGGAAGUGGUUUUCAAGCUGAUCGCUUUUUUGAAUCUGUGGGUGUUUUCAUCGGUGUUUUCUCAGGCUCUUUCUUUCUUGGUUUCGUGAUGGGUCUUGUAACAGCUCUUGUGACAAAACUCACUAAAAUCUCAGACUUCCCUCUCCUUGAGACUGCUUUGUUCUUUUUGCUGUCAUGGACCACAUUUCUUAUGGCAGAGGCUGCUAACUUAACAGGGAUUGUUGCAGUGCUCUUCUGUGGAAUUUCUCAAGCACAUUAUACCUACAACAACUUGUCAGAAGAAUCGAAACAUAACACCAAACAGACAUUUGGACUAUUAAAUUUUCUAGCAGAGAGCUUUAUAUUUUCAUACAUGGGAUUAUCACUCUUCACAUUUCAACAUCACCAGUGGAAUAUUGGUUUUAUAGCAUGGACAUUUCUCGCCAUGACCUUAGGAAGACUUUUUAACAUUUAUCCAUUGUCAUUUUUACUGAAUUUGGGAAGGCAUAGGAAGAUUAGCUACAGAUUUCAGCACAUGAUGGUCUUUGCAGGCUUGCGAGGUGCUGUGGCCUUUGCUCUGGCCAUGCGCAAUACAGCGUCAGUUCCUCGUCAAAUGAUGCUGACCUCAGUGCUGAUCGUCGUUUUAGUAACUGUUAUAGUUAAUGGAGGUGCUACUAUGUCAGUGCUCUCUUUUCUAAAAAUAAGGUGAGAUUCACAGUUUAUGGAUCUGGAUUGUGAAAGUACGUAGGUUGCAGACGAAGAUGGUACCCUUAGAUCCAGGCAGUCUCAUUAUGAAAGGGCGUGGAUUUUUAGAAAGUGGUAUGACUUUGAUGUCAAAUUUAUGAAGCCUAUUUUUACCAACUAUGGUCAACCACUGACACAAACGUUGCCAGAUUGUUGUGGUCCUCUAGCCAGAUGUCUAUCGAGAACACCUGAACCAAAGGGGGAAACUGUAGCAGCAGAUAGCGAUGAAGAUAUGAUCAACAUAAAUGGUGAACUGUCCUUCACUGGUGGAGUGAUGGUCAGACCGCCUAGCGACAGUAUCGUCAGUAAUGAGCCAAGUGACCACAUGAGGGAAGGAGACCUUGGAUUGGGCGCGAUGUCAACUAGAACGUGAACCUUGCAGUACUUUUACUCCCGAUGGUGCCCAAGUACACUUUUGAUGAAUGCUCCCAUAUUAAUUUUAGUUUUAAAAGAAAAGCAUCAUAACACGUAAAAACUUAAUAGUUUUAAUUUGAAUGGCCACAUGCUUGGGUUUCAUCCAAAGCCGUAAAGAGUUCCAACCUCUUUUGCAUAGCAUGAAAAGACAGCAUCACGUGGCAGAAUCAAACUGUGGCUUUCAGUUUAGUGCCACACACUAAGGUUUCAUCUCCUGAAAUAAAAGUUAGGACCACCUUGUACAGCAUAACAAACAGUGCUACCUGAGAGUGCUGCUCAAUAGCUUUUAUUUGAGUGGUUACACACUAAGGUUUCAUCCACAGACUCCAAAGCUAGAACAACCUUGUACAGCAUAACAAACCGUACCACAUGAGAGCACCGCUCAAUAGCAUUCAUUUUAAUGGUCACUAAGGUUUCAUCCACAGACUCCGAAGCUAGAACAACCUUGUACAGCAUAACAAACCGCACCACAUGAGAG